AUGGAUCUGGGUCUGAAUGAAAUUCAGCAGAUGUUAAAAAACAGCGCCAGGGAGUUUCUAUCCCAGGAAUGCCCCCUUACGCUGGUGCGGGAGAUGGAAGAGGACUCCCGUGGCUAUACCAAUGAGCUUUGGCGGCAGAUUGCCGGUCUGGGUUGGACCGGAAUCGCCUUCCCCGAACAGUACGGUGGUACCGGCGGCAGCUUCCUCGACUUGGCCGUUCUGCUGGAAGAAAUAGGCCGCUCUCUAACGCCGGGGCCCUUCUUCUCCACCGUGGUCUUGGGCGGCUUUACGGUGCUGGACGCUGGGACAGACGUUCAAAAGCAGUACAUAUUGCCCGGCAUUUGUAGCGGCCAACUCCUGAUGACCCUGGCCCUGACCGAAGUAUCGGCUACCUACGAACCCUGGGGCAUUGAGACCACCGCUACCCGCGAAGGGGACUCUUUUCGUAUCAGCGGGCAGAAACUUUUCGUGUCAGAUGCCCACGUUGCCGACGUUAUCCUGAUAGCCGCACGCACUACCCAGUCUGACGACCCGGCUCAAGGCAUUACCCUGUUCUUCGUCAACUCCAACACUCCGGGGUUGACCGUGACCCAGCUAAGCACCAUAUCAUCCGACCGCCAGUGCGAGAUUGCGUUGGAUAACGUCAUCGUUCCUGCUGAUGCCGUACUUGGCGACGUGGACGGGGGCUGGCCCAUAAUCCAGCGGGCGUUGCAUCGGGCCACGGCAGGCAAGUGCGUGGAAAUGCUGGGCGGAGCCGACGCCGUGGUGGAAAUGACCGUGGAAUAUGCCAAACAGCGCACCCAGUUCGGCCGCCCGGUGGGUACCUUCCAGGCGGUGCAGCACCAUUGCGCCAACAUGGCUACCGACGUGGAGGGUUGCCGUCAGAUUGCAUACCACGCUGCGUGGAAAGUGUCGGAAGGAGAAUCUGCGGAGCGAGAAGUGUCCAUGGCCAAAGCAUGGGUCAGCAGCGCCUACCAGCGAGUAUGCAAUCUUGCCCACCAGUGCCACGGCGCCAUCGGGUUCACCAAGGAGCACGACCUCCAGCUUUACACCCGCCGGGCCAAGGUGCAGGAACUAAGCUACGGAGACGUCAAUUUCCACAAGGAAUUGGCUAUGCAGCAAAUUGAGGCGUAA